GAGAGAGAUGGCAGGAAUUGGACCAAUAACGCAGGACUGGGAACCGGUGGUGAUCCGGAAGAAGGCGCCUAACUCCGCCGCCCGGAAGGACGAGAAAGCUGUCAACGCCGCCCGUCGCUCUGGCGCCGACAUUGAAACCAUAAAAAAGUCAAAUGCAGGCACAAACAAAGCUGCCUCUAGCAGCACUUCUCUGAACACAAGGAAGCUUGAUGAUGAUACGGAGAAUCUUGCUCGGGGCAGUUCGGUGCACAAAGCUCCCACAUAUGGAGGGUCUGGGGAAGGGACGAACCACAAUAGGACAGUACGCAGCCUUACUUUGCAUUUUUGCGAGGUUGUUUUUAUGUCUCAAAUUUGUGACUUCUAGGUCACACGGCGACAACUUAACUGUUGCGCCUAGGCUUCUCUUUGGUUGAAUGCAUGUAUUAUGGAAAGUAAUUGCUUCUCUUAAAAAUUUCUUGCAAAUGCUUAAAUGGUUUUCUAACUUGGCACAAAUUUUGGUCUGCCCACUAAAUUCUUUUAGGAACCAUAUGACUAGAUAUUUUGUAGGCAUGGUGAUGAGUUGUGCUUUACCAAAAUCUGAGACAAUGUUCAUAGGUUCUCACUGUACUAUGUUUAGUGUCUAAAUCAACCUCAUUUCUGUAUCCAAUCAUUGUGCCAUAGGACCUGAUGCUUUUUUUUUUUUCUUCAAAAUUGUCAUGUAUCUUUUUAAUUGAUCAAACCUUGUUUUCGGUGAAAUAGAAAUAGAAAAUUUUAAUGUUUAUACAAGGUUUGUGCCCUCUGAUCUUUAGGAGAGUAGAAUGCUCCUUUUUUAAGGUCUGACAUUUGGAAAGAUGCAUACCUUAAUUUGAAAAUCCGUAGACUGAAAAUCUGGAAAGUGACCUGAAGGGAAAUAUGGUGGUAGAUGCAUGAGUGGUUUAUAAGAAAUUUGCAUUUUAAGGAGGGAGCAAUGUAUAAGAUAUUAGUCAUAUGACUUUUAAAACAUAAUGCUGCUACAGCAAGAAAUAUAAGUGUUAAAGAGGAAAAACUAGUUGUGAUUAAGGUUUUUAAGAUGAUAUGUUUAAAAGAAGAAUAUAUAAAUUUAUUCUGUAAAUUGUGACAUGGUUGAUAAAAAGUAAGGAGCAUCUAAACUGAUUAUAGUUAUAGAAUGUCAAAGCUUGACAGAUGGCAUUCAAGGUUUUUUUUUGGGUUUCAGUUGCUUGGUUUACUUGGUUUGGCUUUCACCUUCUAGAGCUCGAUUUAGCACUUUGAAAAAGUUGCAUAACCUCCUUAAGAGUGAUUUCACAAUAUUUACUUGGGAUCCCAACUCCACAUGAUUAUUGUAAUUCAUGUUUCUAUUCUCAUGUUGGAAAGAAACACAAUUUUUUUAUUAAAAAAUUCUAUGUGUGCAUAGUUGUCAAAUUGAGAUUUGAAUCGUGAAUUGAAAUACCAAUUUCAUGAAUCGAGAAUCAAGAAUCGAAUCAAAAUUUAAAACUCAAUAAAAAAAUUGAAAAAUCAGUUCCAAAUGACAUGUAUAUGUGUACAAGAAUAAAAUAGUAAAAUACAUUUAAAUUUCAACAAAUAUGGACCGAUAUACUAUAGGCUUUAGAGUCAAAACUAAAGCACUGAGCCUAAGAGUUUAAACGGCUAGAAAUGCAUUAAUCUGAAAUGAAUUUGACCACCGACUCAUAAUCAAUUUGCAUGUUAAAUGAGUCGGAUAUAGUUUAAAAAAUUUUAUCCUCUAAACUGGUGGUUGGUAGAUAUCGGGUUUUAUUUGACAGAUACUUGUCAACCUGUUAACAACUAAUGCCCAAAUCCAUAGAUAAUUCCAUAUGCCCACGCUUAUUGGGCAUGAGCCCAGCCAGCAUAAGCUAAAUAGGCCAAGGCUCAGUCCUACAAUCUCAACUCUUGCCCUACUAUCUGCAUCUGUAGGUCUGCUUCAUGCCUUGCUAACACUCAAGCCCAAAUGCCAAAUUCUUGUGAUCAAAACAAAUGCUCUAAAUUCAUGAUCUGAAAACUUUUAAAAAAUUAUAAUCUUGUGAUUGGUUAUUAAAUGGUUGACAAUUUACCAUAAUUACUAUCAUAGUAGUUAAAAGCGUGCCUAAGCGCGGGGCGCGGUGAGGCGACCAAGCUAGCGCCUCAUCCUUCUUCAGGUGAGGUGACCUUUAAGAGGCGCAGGUAGGGUCACUGAAGCGCACUGCUUCUUCAGGCGCAGUGAGUUGUGCCUUAAAAUUUUUGAAGCUGUAAAGGAAUAAAAUGUAGCCAGAACCAGCCCCAGCCCUAGCCCUUCGUCUUCGACCCUUUGAAGCAGCACGAAACCAGCAGGAGAAGUUCAUCUUCGACCAAUCAAUCCUUUGAAGCAGUACGAAACCAGUAGGAGCUCUUUGUCUUUGAUCCUUUGAAGUUCGAACCAGCAUGAGGCUUUCGUCUUCGACCCUUCGAACCAGCUGGAGCUCUUUGUAUUUGAGCCUUCAAACCAACAGGAGCCCUUUGUCAGUUCAUCUUUGAGCCUUUGAAUCAACAGGAGCCCUUCGUCAUCGAGGUUUGAGCCUUCGUGAGUCAUCAGGCUGCUUCUUCUUCUUCUUCUUCUUCAGUUCUUUUUAUUUUUAGGUUCUUCUUCUGCUUUUUCAGUUCUUUUUCAGCUUCUUCUUUUUCAGUUCUUAUUCAGUUCUGCUGCCUCCUGCUGACUGAAUUUUGCUGUUGUUUUGUAAUUUGUUUGGAAAUGCAGGUAACAAACUAUACAUUUUUCUGAAAUAUAUUAAUAUAUAACAUUUUUUACUGAA